UAUCCAAUUUUUCAAAGACACUACUGCUUAUCGUCAAAUGAUGCUGAAGAAGAGGACAGACAUGACCAUUACAGAUUUCAUCACCACGUUUCCAAGGGUACAAAAGAUGCCAGAACUUAUCAACAUGGACUUUGAAACAGAACAUGGGCACCUUUCUGACAAUUUUAUUUCAAAGUGGGAGUCGUUCUACCGAGACCGUAUCAUAAAAUUAGGUUUGAGCGGGUAUCCAGCGGUAAAAGAAUCAAUUCAACAGUUUGAGGAAGGUGACAACAGAGACCUGUGUGGUUUAACUGCACUGCUGCUGAUGUUACAUAAGCCACUGACAAAGACCAAGAACCCCACUUCGAGUUCAAGAGCAUCAAGUUUGGAGCACUUCAUCCAGUACAGACCUAUUGGGACAGACGUUCAAGCGGCAGCAGCUGGGAAGUCUGCUGAGUUUCGGCAGCCCUAUAUUCUAGCCCUUGGACACAGACGCAAGCCACUACAAUAUUUCUUGAUUGCAGACAAGGUAGUGAUUGAAGCGGGACAGAAUGUGGUGGAAGCCACUGACAGGCUUUUUAAGUCUCAUUAUGUAUUUGGAGUCCAUUUUGCCCAAGUAAUUCAAAAUUUCUGGGAGUUCAUAGCAUCUGAAGUGUACAGGGUCAUGCAGGCAUCUGAUACCAAAGCUUCUGUAAGAAGUAUGGCGUUAUCGAUCCGAAAUUUAAAGUUAACCGAGCAGUAGCUUUGACAACAAAACUAAGCGGCUUUCAAGGACAGGCUUCUCACUCACCUUACCUUUGUAAUUCAUAAGCACAUUUGCUGUCUAUAUGAACAUGACAGAGAAUAGUUUCUCUAAGGCUGUUAUUUUGGAUUUUGUACAUAAACUAAAAAUAAUAAAAUAUGAAAAUAAGAGAUGUUUUGUACAGGUUCCAAAUGGUAUAAAUAUACGCUGAGUGAGAAAAUGUUGUUCAUAUAGGUAGUCUUGUAUGCAGACCAGUUAUGAAAGAAGUUCUAAUUUACAUAUUUUUAAUUAUGCAGAGCAAAGAAGUAGUACAAGGUUGUUAUUUCAAGCUUUAAUGAAGCGAUCGGGAUAGUAGUGGUUUGGAGUAAAAGCAAAGUUAGUGGUUAAUUAAUGCCAGAACAAUGAGCCCUUGUAUGAAAUUGUCUGAAUUAAGAUGUACACAUGUUCCGAGACAAAAUGAGUUUGUUUACUACUUGUGAGCCUAACGGUUGAAAAGAAAUGUUUAUUAUACCCCUGCCAAACGAAGUUUGAAGGGGGUAUGUAGUAAUCAGCGUAUGGUUGGGCGGGUGGUCCGUUGCAAAUCUUGCGGAUCGAACUUCUUCCUCAUUUUUCAACUAAUACUCGUGAAAAUUGGCACGUAGAUUAGUCUUGUUGUGAGGAUGUGCAAGACACAUUUUUCUUAAGUGUUGGAAACUGUGCGUUGUCGGGGUAAUGGCAUGUAUUGGCAUAAAAUUCGGUAAAAAUCUUGCGGAUCGAACUACCGGGGUACUUCAAGUUUUCAACCAAUAUUCAUGAAAUUUGGCACAUAUAUUGGUCUGCUUGUGAGGAUGUGCAGACACAUUUUUCACAAAAAUAACUAGAAGACAAAGUGAUAUCUAGUUUUAUAUACAUUGCUGAGAGUGAUUUAUUAUUCAUGAGUCAUUAGGUAAAGAAUCAAGCAGAAUUUACAGCUUCUUUUAUUAAGACAUAAAGACAAAUUUAACCCUAAAUAGACUGGGGAGGGGGAGGGUGAAAGGCCCCCCGAGAAUUUUUUUUUUGCAAUAAAUCUUUAUUGAUAAAUCUCAUGCAACUUUUGAGACCAAAUUUGCGACGCCUGGGUAUGCAGUCCGAAAUUAGGCAUAAUUAUGUAAGUGCCGAAAGACCCAAAAUUGCUCAAAAUGCAAAUUCUGUUUGUAGGCAAACUUCAUACCAUUCUUUAAAAUCAAUUAAUUUCUUGUUAUAAAAUUAUUGCCAACAAUUUCCAUCCAAAAAGUCUAAAACAGAGUAAUACGUAUGAAAUUUCAAAAACAAUUAAAUACUUAAAACUCUUUGAUACUGAUUAUUUUUUUAUGUGCAUUUGGUCAGAAUCUCACAGGGAGUCUCUAAACAAAAGAUUAGCGGUACAAGGGCCUUAUAGUUUAAAACAGUCAAAUUCUAAUUUCAUGCAUAAAUUAGGAUAAUUAA